UUAUCUAACACUGCGAGUAUUUUGAAGAAGAUAUUGACACCAUUUGGUUUACAUACAUAUGUAAUUUAUAUUUAUAGAAACAGCUAAAUGGAAAAAAUAGAAACAGGAAGAAUAGGUGAUAUAUAUGUUAUCAAACUUAUAACAGAUGAAUCUUUUAAUAAAGAUAAUUUGUGAACGGAUACCCUGAAACGUUUUUAAAUACUAUGAAGAUUAUUAAGACACCGUUGACUAUAGCUGCAAAUGAGUUGUUAGCUGCAGUAGAUUAUUCCAUCAGUUGGACUUUGAUGAUUUUAAAGAAAAAACGUUGGAAAAUCUGCUAUUGUAUUGUAUCCCAGGGUUGUCUUUACUUAUAUGAUGACUGGUUAUCACGUGAAGCAUUCCUGAAAAAGUCUUUAAAGGAAUUUGAACGCGUUUGGGAAUCCACAGAGGAAUACCAUGGAGCAAUAUGCUUUUAUCUUGGUUUCAAUGAUGAAAAUACACCUCUACAUUUUUGCUGUGAUACAGAAAAAGCACAAAAAGAAUGGGUUGACAAAUUAGACCACAGUAUUUUGGAAGUGAAGACCCACGUUCGUCCACCAUGUGAUAGUGGAUACGGAAGCGCAGGAACAGUACCAGCAAUAGAAAUUGAUGUUGACAAAGAAACAAGAAUUGGAAGUGAUGAUAAAGCUUACGAUGAAGUUGAUCAAAGACGGUUUGGCAACAUAAACCAUGGAAUGAAGGAAGAAGCGGAUGUUAAACACAUGAAGGGACAACAUGUAUUAGACUCCGCAGACACAGAUGACGAUUAUGAAGACGUAAGCUGUUCAUUAAAGGGCCUAUCAGCAGGAGAUAGAAAACAUUCAAUAGCUUCGUCAUAUUGUUCCGUGUCAGCACCAAGUGACUCUCACUGUGACAUGCAUUUAGUUCAUGAGAAUGACAAAGAAAAGAAAACAGCACAUUCACACAAAAGUGAGAGAAGUAAAACAGAAACGGAACGCCAUAAUGAAACAACGCCCAAACAAAAUGGAGCAUUACUAUUUCCAAAAGCACCAUUUAUAGAUGAGCUUAAAACAAGGGUGCAUUCUGAUAAUAAAGGCUUAUCGGGCGGAGGACGUAAGAAAGAUAUGCAGCCUUCAUGAAGUAUGAGAGGAACGACAUGAACGAAAACGCUUCACGUGCAAUUUGUUUUUAAUUGAAUGUUUAAAGCAAGUGGAUUCCCUCAAUCUUUGGACCUGGGUCAAUCUGUAAUUCUCGAGGAACUUCUCACAUUAUUACACUAUAUAAAAUAUUUUCAAGCGCUAAUAAACGUUUGUAUCAACUGAUGAAAACAACAAUAAUUAUGACAAACCACAGGAAGGUUUCUGAUUUGGAUUUCAGGCAAUUAAUAAUGUUUUUUAUGGAGCAAAAAUAUUUUUCUAAACUGAGGGUAUAUAUUUCGAGGCUUCUACAUGGAUAUUUGCAAGGCUUUUGAUACGAUUAAUCAUCAGAUACUUUUUCAAGCUUUACAAAGCAAAGGAGUAAAUGGAAGAUUUAGUGUUUUUAUAAAAGAAAAUGUAUGGUUAGCUCUAUUCGUGCUUUAAUGAUAGAAAUACUUUCUGCUGUGAUUUAAAUGCACGAACUAUAACCAAAUAGGCCUAUGAUUACUGAAUAUUUCAAAUGUAAUAUAGGAACCCGACAAUGAGACAGUUUUGCUCUUUAUAUUGACGAAUAUUGCCUCACGAUAUAUACAAUUCUGAGAAACUUAUAACGCAAGAAAUUCACGAUGUCUGUGCUGAUGAUAUAGUAAGUUGUGUUCAAAACAGCAGUAGGAUAACAUCAACUUAAUGUUGUCGAUGAAUUUUAUAAAAUACUGGGACAGAUAGUAAAUCUAAAUAAAACUGAGAUAAUGGUUUUUAGUGAUGGAGGACCUCUCAGACAGUUUGAAUUUCUGAGUUUAAACAAUCGGGUUUACACCCGUAUACAGAUAUAUGGGACCUUUAUUUACGCCUGGGCUAUCAUAUAGUGCAGCACAGAACGAAUAAUGUACUCACGCCGAACCAGCAAUACUUUCUGUGUAUAGUUUUAAGAAGUUUAUGGCUAUUUUUCGACCAAUGAACUCUUCAUUCUGUUUGAUAAUGUUGUUAAACCUAUUCUUGUUUUGGGUGUCAGAUAUGGGAAAGUUGAUUUGUUGAUUCUGUCACGGCAGUUAAUAAAAGCCUUAAAGUUUUAUAAGAAAAAAAAUGAAUGAAAUUUAUUCGCUGAUGAACUCACAAAGUAAUGAAAAUCAUGAAACCAUUUUAAAUUAUUCUAUAAUUGUGUUUCACUCGUUUAAAAGUACGAACUCUUGAAUAUAAAUUUUUAUUCUAAUCUAUUGUAUUUACAACUACAUUUAUUACGUAUAUAUGCAUAUCAUUGUGAACCUUUAUUAAUGUGUUUCGGCCAGAGGCCUUUUUAACUGAAAUAAAGUUAUCCCAGUUGAGUUUAUUUAACGGCAAUAGUAUAAAGUAUUUCAAACCGUCUAAAAGGGUCACCACUGAGAUUCUUUUGACAUGUUGUUUCAAAGAGUCGGAUAAUAUUAUUUUAAUUGUAAAAAUGAUACAAAAAAGAGGAAAACGUUGCAAUGCUUUUCAUUCAAAUCGGACUAAGAAUUGCACUAAAAUACGAUUUUCAAUAUAUUUCUGCUUAUAUUUCUUGAUUAUCCUUUGAAGAUUUUUCGUUUUUAACUUCCCCAGCUGAACUAUGUAAGGAAUUCAAUCUAAUGUUUAUGUUUAAGGCUUUUGGCGUUCAGCGACGUUCCUUUAAUGAAGCAUUGAUUGUGACCUUGACAUUGUUACAACACUGAGUCUAUGUAUUACUAUGUACUAUAUAUAUGUACUAUGUAAUAAUAGAAUCUUUACCUAGACUAUGUAUUUUGUUCAUGCAAAUUUAGCAGAAUAUAUAAAAUAAUGUUUGACAUUGUUAAAGAAAUCAAAGAAAUUAUUAAAUGCUAUUCUAGAAAGGAAAGCUACAGUAUACAGUUAAUUAUUGGUGAAAUGGACUGAAUUAUUCCUAAGCAACUAACACAGCAGAAAAAGAUUCGAUUCUUUUUUUGCCAAAAAAGGGUCAAAUUGUGUUAACUUUUCAACCAUGUAGAAAGUAAAAAUACUCCUGAUAAUGAUAAUAGUUUAGCUUCUCUGAGACAUAAUCUGAGACAGCCAAACCUUGUCUCAAUAUAUCUGAGAAAAAUCUCAAAUAUUAAGUUGAGAUUCUUCUCAACAUUUUUUAGUGAAAGCCAAACAGAGAAAAAUCUCAAUCUCAAUUUCUGGGUUUAGAAAAAUCUUAGAUUUGAGCUGUGAUUAAAACUCUGAGAACGUUAGUGAAAGCCGGGCCUGGUCUAUUAAUAGGAUAUUUAACAAGCUACAGAAUAUGAAUGGAAAUAAACGUCCCUAUAAAUAUAUAAAUUAUAACAAUAAUAUUCAAAACCUGAUCAAAACACAACAAUUCACAUUAUAUUAAUAUUCAAUAAGUUCUUUUUCACUGAGCUUGUUUUCGAUUUUGUUU